GGAGUCUUUGAGAGUUCAACCCUCUCCCUGUGGUGUCAUAGCAAUCAGCAUUGCUUGCAAUUGGCCAAAAUGUAUAUGAGCAGUGUGAGGGAGACAGCUUCUUUCACCUUAGGUCUAAUCAGUGUCAUUGUUUGGGUUGUUGCUGAGAUACCUCAAAUAAUCACAAACUACAGAGCAAAAUCUACUGAAGGUCUCUCUGUCACUUUCUUGAUCACAUGGAUAAUCGGAGAUGUAUUCAACCUCUUUGGAUGCAUGCUGGAACCUGCAACUCUUCCAACUCAACUGUAUAUGGCAGUGCUGUAUACCAUUAUAACUAUUGUACUUGGUUCACAAACCAUUUACUAUGGACGCAUAUAUCCUCGACUACAAUAUGAGAGACUGCUCAAGCAUUCAAAGCAUGGGCAGGUUGAGACACCAACAAAAGCUGAACUAGUUAAAAAAGCCAGUGAUGCUGAACAGAGUAAUGGAUUUGAUGAUUUCAACAGAGGCACUGGUCUGAGUUCUCCUAUUCCUCUUCCAGCACGUCCUCAAAGAAUUUCUACUGGAAGAGAAUUAUUCUACCAGUCCGCAAGAUAUCUAUCUCAGAGUCAUACACCAACAGCGGGAUCCAUCUUAGCCCAGAGAAUGACACCUACUUCUCCUAUUUUAGAUUCUAUACAAGAGAACUUGCUUGGUUCAGCUGUUGCCACACAAUCUGCACCUGCUUUAAGGAUCAAAUCUGCUCUUUGUUUGGUGUCAACGUUAACUUUUCUUGGUACUAUUAAUCUACUUCAAUCACUAGAUAAAAGAAUUAAUCCCAUGGUCGCAAACCCAAGACAACAAUUUGUGAUUUAUGUUGGGCGAAAGCUUUUUCAGGUUAAUGGUGAUCAGUUGUCCGAAAAUGGCACGUCAGGAAGCAGUAGCUUUGGGACCUUCCUUGGUUGGGCAAUGACAUUUAUAUAUUUGGGUGGAAGACUACCUCAAAUUUGUUUAAAUAUUAGAAGGGGUCAUGCUGAGGGCCUCAAUCCUCUGAUGUUUCUCUUUGCUUUAAUUGGGAAUGCCACUUACGUAGCAAGCAUACUUGUGAGCAGCUUGGAUUGGUCAAGAAUCAGACCAAAUCUACCAUGGCUGGUAGACGCAGGAGGAUGUGUCCUUCUUGAUUCUUUUGUAUCCUUUUUAUAUAUUUAUCUUCUAACAAAUUAUUCUUGCUAG